UGAAGGACCAAGACUACCACCUUCAAGGAUCCCACGACGGCAAGGUCAUUGAGACAGUGAAGGAAAGAUGGCUUCUCAAAGAGUGUUCCAACUUGGCCUGCGCCGCGCAGCUGCCCCCAGCUUCAAGAUCCAGCCCGCUGGCCGCACCAUCCAGAAGAGGCUCGCAGCCACAGAAUCCGCCUCGCAAGAAACCGCCGCCGAAAUCCUCCGCAAGCAGCGUCUUAACCGCCCCGUCUCGCCCCACCUGUCCAUCUACCGCCCGCAAAUCACCUGGUACGCGUCCUCGCUGAACCGUAUCACGGGCAUCACUCUGUCGGGCUCUCUCUACCUCUUCGGGCUCGCGUACCUGGCCGCACCCUACACGGGAUGGCACCUUGAGACCGCAUCCAUGGUCGCGGCGGUCGCUGCUUGGCCCGUUGCGGCGAAGGUGGCGCUCAAGAGCUUCUUUGCGUUCCCGAUGUUCUUUCACUCGUUUAACGGGGUCAGGCAUUUGCUGUGGGAUGUUGGUGUGGGCUUUACGAAUCAGCAGGUCAUCAGGACGGGCUGGUCCGUCAUUGGGUUGACAGUGGUUACCUCUCUGUACUACGUCUUCUUCCAGUAGACGUGGACGAGCGAUUGGUCGCUAAGAGGUUCUGAGGAAGGGAGAAAGACAGAAAGAGCAGCGCGAUCGAGGUGUGAGAAUGUGUGGGGCUGUGAAAGCGCCAAGGGAGGUGGAGGAGCAGGUGCGAGGGUUCAGAUGGACUCGUUUGGGGUGGAAGCACAAGUUGUACAUUCUACAUGUUUUCCGAUACGAAUUGUUCGAUUUACAAGUUAUCUUGCAACCUUGUGCUUGUCGCGCUUCUGAUGCGCUCUUGGAAACCAUGAUUUGCGGUACUGGGUUUACAAUUAACUCAGGCCCAAAUCUGAAUCGAAAUCUAGCGCGUCUUGACGGUCUUUUUGUUGAACAUCCCGGUUCGAUUGCCCAGGGGCCUUGCCUUCCGAGCCUAUGGUCGUCACAUCUUUUUGGUAUCAGCGUCUACUCCUCAACAUUCGUUGCCCUGCCAGCUUUAGCCUGUUCUGCUCCAUUUUGUC